UCGUGACAGUGCUUCUAACUGCUAGACAACAUCGAACACAAUGUCCCACACCACACGGACUAUGAAGAGGUCGGAGGAGAACACUCAGACGAUUUAGAUUCAACAUUUCUACUAUAUUGUGCUGGAGACUCGAAAAUUGGAACAGUCUCACAGUCACGGUAGGGAGAGUUGCAGAGAACGUCUCUAUAGGGUGGUGAGGGGUGUGGUAUUGACCCAAAAGACAUGAAUCCCACCUAGAUGACGAAGUGAAACGUGAACACCAAUGUGUAGCUAAGUCCAUUGGCCACAUUAAAAAAACUGUGGGUUAUACUAUUUGAAGAGGUAGGAAGAUGUCUCAGGUAGCUGUGGAGCCUAGAGAGUUGAUAACCCCUGCACUGAGCCAGAAGGAAAAGCUGCCACAUUAUGUGGAUGCUGCCAUCGAUUUUAUUGGAGGGACUGCAGGUGGGAUAGCCAAUGUGUACGUGGGCCAACCUCUGGAUACAGUAAAAGUCAAACUGCAGACAUUUCCAACCUACUAUAAGAAUGCCUGGCACUGUUUUAAACAGACUUAUACCAAGGAAGGCAUUGCCCGUGGCCUGUACGCAGGUACCGGACCAGCACUUAUGGCCAAUAUUGCAGAAAAUGCUGUGCUCUUUGCAGCCUAUGGUCAGUGCCAAAAACUGGUAGCAUUUGGUGUUGGAAAAAGUGGAAAAGUUGAUGAUCUAAAUGUUGUUGAGAAUGCGCUGUCUGGAAGCUGCGCUGCUGUAUUUUCCUCCAUCGUUCUCUGCCCCACGGAACUGGUGAAGUGCCGUCUCCAAGCCAUGAGGGAAAUGGCUGUAACUGGUCUGUCAGAAAAGCAGAGAAUAGGACCUUACCAACUCACCAGGCAGAUUCUUCGAGAGGAGGGUUACAGGGGGCUAUUUAAGGGAUUGUCUGCCACAUUUGCCAGGGAAGUACCAGGGUAUUUUUUCUUUUUUGGAGGUUAUGAAAUCACAAAAGCAUUCCUCACUCCCCCAGGAAAGACUAAGGAUGAUGUAGGUAAGAUGGCAUAAAGCACUGCUUUAAUAUAACUUAUAUCUUUUAUUGCACAUCAUUUAAAUUGGGUCAUCGGAAUGAGGACAGCUGCCCAUUAUCUGAUAAUCCACUUAUGUUUCUGUCGUAUAUGUGCUCAUGUAUU